AUGAGGUUGGUGAUUCUGGACGAUUACGACUUGGCCAGCGAGUGGGCAGCCAAAUAUAUCCGUAACCGAAUAAUCCAGUUUAAACCAUCCGCCGACAAUUUCUUCACCCUGGGUCUUCCUACAGGUAGCACACCAUAUGGCUGUUAUCAAAAAUUAAUUGAAUAUCACAGAAGUGGAGAUCUAUCAUUCAAAUUUGUGAAGACAUUCAACAUGGAUGAAUAUGUUGGUCUACCUCGUGCCCACCCUGAGAGUUACCACUCCUACAUGUGGAAUAACUUUUUCAAGCACAUUGACAUUGAUCCCGCCAAUGCUUAUAUCUUGGAUGGGAAUGCGGAGGACCUGGAAGCAGAGUGUCAGGCCUAUGAGCAAAGUAUCGCAGAAGCAGGAGGAAUCCAGUUGUUUGUUGGCGGUAUUGGACCUGAUGGCCACAUAGCAUUUAAUGAGCCAGGCUCCAGCCUCGUCUCAAGAACAAGAGUAAAGACGCUUGCCAAGGAUACCAUUGUGGCGAAUGCUCGGUUCUUUGGCAAUGACCUCUCCAAAGUUCCCACCAUGGCUCUGACUGUUGGAGUAGGCACAGUCAUGGAUGCAAAAGAGGUAAUGAUUCUGAUCACUGGUGCACACAAAGCCUUUGCGCUGUACAAAGCUAUAGAAGAUGGGGUUAAUCACAUGUGGACCGUAUCAGCAUUCCAGCAGCAUCCGCAUACCAUCUUUGUAUGCGAUGAGGAUGCGACGCUGGAAUUACGAGUGAAAACUGUGAAAUACUUUAAAGGUUUGAUGCAUGUCCACAAUAAACUUGUGGAUCCUGUUCUCAGCAUUAAGGACUGUUGA